AUGAAGGGAAGCUGCAAAGAAUCGAAAUGUGAUGAUUACAUAAAGAUAUGGGAUUGUGGGAGCCCUCUGUAUGAUGCCUAUGAAAUAGUAGCCAUUACCCACAUUGUUGAGAGGCACUUGAUGGCUUUGCCUAAUUAUCUCACUUCACCACCAACAAAUCUCAACCCUUCAUCUUCAUCAUCAUCUUCAUCUUCAUCUUCUUCUUCAUUUUUGGAUAAACAAGUAAAAACAGAUGGGAAAUUCUCUGUGCUGAGCUUCUUGAUGAGGAGGUCAUCACUUAUGGUGGACACAACUCCAUGGAAGAAGAAGAAGAGGAAAAUAGGUGAGGCAGAAAGGAAGAACAAACAGAAAUCAAAGAGGCAGAAAGUUGGGGUUUCUAUCUUCUUUCAGUGUCCAUGGAAGAAAUAG